AUGGCUUGGUUUAUUGGUUAUCUUUUUCUCCUUCUCGUCUCUUCUACCACGGCUUGUGAUCGUUGUGUUUAUCAAUCUAAAGCUAGCCACCUCUACAACACGCCUACUUCAUAUGGAGGAGCAUGUGGUUAUGGCAACUUAGCUUUGGAAUUCUCUAAUGGCUUCUUUGCUGCUGGUGUACCUUCCCUUUACAAACAAGGAGCUGGUUGUGGAGCUUGCUACCAAGUAAGGUGCAAAAAUAGAAGGUUGUGCAACACAGUAGGGACUAAAGUGGUGGUAACAGAUCAAAAUAAUGAUAAUGUAACGGAUCUUGUUCUUAGUAAAAGGGCAUUCUUCACAAUGGCUCUCAAUGGCAAAGGUGGAGACUUGUUGAAUCUUGGAGUUAUUGAUGUAGAAUACAAGAGGGUGCCUUGUGAAUACAAAAAUAGGACUUUGUUAGUGCGAGUGGAAGAAUCAAGUUACAACCCAUUUUACUUGGCCAUUAAAUUCUUGUACCAAAGUGGCCAAACAGAAAUGGUAGCUGUGGACAUAGCUCAAGCUGGUACCUCUAAUUGGAGCCAUAUGAAAAGAAAUUAUGGAGCUGUUUGGGAAACUAACGACAUACCCGAAGGAGCAUUGCAACUAAGGAUGGUUGUGACUUCGGGAUACGACGGAAAGUGGAUUUGGGCAAAAUCUGUACUUCCUACUAAUUGGAAAACUGGAAUGAUUUAUGAUACUGGGGUUCUAAUCAACGAUGUUGCUAAGGAGAGUUGCCCUCCUUGGCAAUGUGGUGAUGGGCAAUGGAAAUGAAUAUAAGAGUUUCAAACCUUUGAAUAAUUAACAACAAUGAUCACUUUGAAUCACAUAGUUUGUGAUUUUUAUGUGUUGUGUUCAAUAAAUAUUUAUAUGAAGGUGAUGGAGGAAAAUAGUGCUAGUUGUGUGCAUGGUCUUAAUCUAUGUACAAUAAUGUGUGUUUUGUUGUAUCCUCUCUAUUAUAAAUAAAUAAAUAAAAUUGUCUGAAGUUCGACGAAUGCGCACCUGGUACAUGUAUUGUUUUUAGAUUCUAUAAUCUAAAUACCGUUUAAAUUAUAAAAAAUAAUAUAUUUAUGUUUUCAUUAUUAUGAAUUUAAAACUUCAAAAUGCAAAUUUGUAUUAAAAAAGAAAAAUAUUAAAAUGUUAAUAAAUAU